UCACCUUUGGUUCUGUCCUAGUGUGUGUACCCUCCCCCCUUUUGGGUCUGCGUCCAUGAAUCUGGCACAGGGUCUCUGUGGAGUUAAGAGACUGGAGGUCUCUGCCCAGGCCACAUCUAUCCCUUCCCUCUGAUUCUAUACAGAGCUCUUUUCCUAAAAAAGGAGGGAGGCAGGCACCAGCUUCAUGGGAGAGGGGAAGAAGCUCUUCCUUGUUAUGGGCAGAGCCCCGAACAUGCCAAAUCUGGCCUUUACUGUUCGCUUUUGUGAAUGAGAGUCAAUGGUCCAGGAGGCAAGGACUUUCCUCUGGGCUUCCCUGGGAGGGUGGAUCCUCUGAGCAGGCUUCUCUGUCAGGUCAUCAGGGCACACCUGCAUGUGGCUGGGAUGUGGCUCAGUGGUGGAGCACUUGGGUGUGUGAGGCUCUGGGUACCAGCUCAGGGACUGGCUCAGAAUUCUCUCAUGGAAGAAAAUGUGCCUGCCUUGAAAGCCUGACAGCCUGAGUUUGCUCAGGAGACCCCAGCCCUGACCUCUACACACAUGCCUCGUUACCUGUGCACAUGGCAUGCAUGAGCAGAUGGAGACUGGUUCCGUGCCCAGCACUGCAGACAAAGCAGAUAGCACCGGGUGACCCUGCAUGGCUUCCGGCAGGAGAGGACUCAGUAGUCCCCCCCUCUUGUGUUCUGUGCACACAGAUGCUAGGAAAGUGCUCGCCUAGCGAGCUGCACCGUUAGACCUGGGAUAUUCUUCUUACUCUUUGUAUGUUUGAGACAUGGUCUUACUCUAGCCCGAGCCGGCCUAAAGCUCACGGUCCCCUGCCCCACCCUCCCCAGUGCUGCAGCUGGUCCCCAGGCAAGGACCGCUAUGUCUAGUUUGAUGGCUCCAUUUUAGACAGAACUUGUGGGUGUCUGUCUGGAUAUGACAUCUUCCCUGCCUCUGCCUAAGCAUGGAGAGCUCACUGGUGGGCGCCCUGGGCCAGGGUCAUCCACACAAACCUCUUCCCGGCCGGUCUCACUCCUCCCUGUGGAGUGUUAGAUGGGUCCAUGGGUCUGCAAGCCUUGCUUCUGGCUGACACAGGUGGCCCUGCAUGUGGGCUUCCUAGUCCCAGACUUCUGUAUUUCUAAGAUGCUUCUAUGUGCUUAAAAUCAGAGGUUGCCACCUCCUAGCAGGCAGUGCAGCCUUAGAGUCAAGAAGUUUGUCGUUUGUCACCAUGGUGCUGUUAUUUUUUUUUUUUUUAAAGAUUUAUUCAUUUAUUUUAUAUAAGUACACUGUAGCUGUCUUCAGACACACCAGAAGAGGGCUUCGGAUCUCUUUACAGAUGGUUGUGAGCCACCAUGUGGUUGCUGGGAAUUGAACUCAUGACCUCUGGAAGAGCAGUCGGGUGCUCUUAACCGCUGAGCCAUCUCUCCAGCCCUAUUUUUUUUUUUUUUAAGAUUUAUUUACUUAUCAUAUAUAAGUACACUGUAGAUGUCUUCAGACACACCAGAAGAGGGCAUCAGAUCUCAUUACAGAUGGUUGUGAGCCACCAUGUGGUUGCUGGGAAUUGAGCUCAGGACCUCUGGAAGAGCAGUCGGGUGCUCUUAACUGCUGAGCCAUCUCUCCAGCCCUGGUGCUGUCGUUUUUGCCCUUAGUCCAGGCCACAUGGUUCCUUGCAGCUGGAGCCUGGGCUUCUCUUAGUCCUUCAGUCACUCCUACAAGCAGUGUGUUCUGUGCUGCUGUGGGGACGGGGCCCCAGGGAGAGCCACUGAACAAACCUAGGUGGUCUAAGGGAUGCUUCGCCAAGUGUUCCUGAAGGGAAGACAGACAGCAGGGCCGAUGUGUGCUUUCUGCUAGCCCAGGGAAAGUAGAUUCUAGCUCCUAAAAUUAGGUAAACAGAGGUCCUGGAGAACAGUGUUGAAGACAGGCCAGCGAGCACUGGGAGAGGGCAGUAGGGCCUUCUGCUAGGAUAUGCAGACUAGGCAGGAGUCUCCUAGUCCCAAGGAGGGGCCAUGCUUUGUCACCUAGCACAGACCCUGAUGCCCAGACAGAAGAGCUGAAGCACUCAGACUGCCACAGUGGCCCAGCACCAGAGCUGCCCUAGACACUGAAGCAGGAAGGCCUCAGGUUCAGGGCUUGCCUGAGAGCCUGAACAACUUGGAGACCCUGUCUCAAAAAGAAGGCUGGGGAUGGAGUUCCAUGGUAGAGGACUUGUUCGGCCUAGGUUUACUCUUUUUUUUUUUUUUUUUUUUUUUUUUCCCGGAGCUGGGGACCGAACCCUGGGCCUUGCGCUUCCUAGGCAAGCACUCUACCACUGAGCUAAAUCCCCAACCCCCUAGGUUUACUCUUAUGCUCCUCACUUGUUCCCUUUAAAGAGGAAGGGGAGCUUAGCUGAAGGGAAGGGAAAGGACUCACAUGAGCCCCAGUCCAGAGCUGAAGGGAGACUGGCUGCCUCAGUACCCUGGGAAGGAAGUUCUGAAGUGGAUGCUGGGGGUGUAGGAGAACAGGAUCAUCAGACACUCCAUUAAUAGAAGCCAACCCACGGGAGCACACGGGAGCACACGGCAGCCAGUGAUGCCCAACACUUAUAGGCCUUUAUGGUUCUGGAGGCCAGAGAGGCUCCAUGACAGUGGUAGGGGCCCUUAGGUCCAAAGUACUUACUCUCUGUCAGGGAUCCCAUUUUAUAGAAGAGGGAGCUGAGACACAAGGGUCAAGGGUUAACUUAACGAGCCAGGUCACAGUGUGAGUGGGUCAUCUGGCUGAUGUUAUAUACUGUGGUCACUUGGGUCCUAGACAGAAGAGUGAUUUGAGAUAGGUGACCCUGCCUUGGUUGUCCCCCUCCCACUCCCUCCUGUGUCUUUGUGUCCCACUGCACUCACAUGUGCCUGGCUGGGCUGACCUGUGUGUGCCUCUCCUUGCCCAGUCUCUGAGGAACAGUGCUUGUAUCAGAUCUAUAUUGAUGAGCUGUAUGGAGGCCUGCAGAGACCCAGCGAGGAUGAGAAGAAGAAGCUGGCAGAGAAGAAGGCUUCCAUCGGCUACACCUAUGAAGAUAGUACUGUGGCUGAGGUAGAAAAGGUGGCCGAGAAGCCAGAGGAGGAAGAGUCACCAGCAGAGGAGGAGAGCAACUCGGAUGAAGAUGAGACGUGGAGGUGGAUGUGGAUGAGCUGAACCAGGAGCAGGUGGCUGAUCUCAAUAAGCAGGCCACAACCUACGGCAUGGCUGACGGGGACUUCGUCAGGAUGCUACGGAAAGACAAGGAGGAGGCAGAGGCCAUCAAACAUGCCAAGGCCCUGGAGGAGGAGAAAGCCAUGUACUCGGGCCGUCGUUCACGGCGACAGCGAAGAGAGUUCCGGGAGAAGCGGCUGAGGGGCCGUAAGAUUAGCCCUCCCAGUUAUGCCCGCCGAGACAGCCCCACCUAUGACCCCUAUAAGCGGUCACCUUCGGAAUCCAGUUCCGAGUCCCGCUCCCGCUCUCGCUCCCCGAGCCCAGGCCGCGAGGAAAAAAUCACUUUUAUCACGAGUUUUGGAGGCAGCGACGAGGAGGCAGCUGCAGCAGCUGCUGCAGCCGCCGCAUCCGGGGCUGCCCCAGGGAAGCCCCCCGCGCCUCCCCAACCGGGUGGCCCCGCUCCAGGCCGUAAUGCCAGCGCCCGCCGCCGCUCCUCUUCGUCCUCCGCCUCCAGGACCUCCAGUUCCCGAUCCAGUUCGCGCUCCAGCUCGCGCUCCCGCCGUGGCUAUUACCGUUCUGGCCGCCACGCGCGCUCUCGCUCCCGCUCCUGGUCCCGCUCGCGCUCCCGUUCCCGGCGCUAUUCCCGCUCCCGCAGCCGUGGACGACGGCACUCAGACGGUGGUUCCCGCGACGGACACCGCUACUCACGCUCGCCAGCCCGGCGCAGCGGGUACGCGCCCCGCCGAAGGAGCAGGAGCCGCUCCCGUUCAGGUGACCGCUAUAAGCGGGGUGCCCGGGGCCCCAGGCACCACAGCAGCAGUCAUAGCCGCAGCAGCUGGUCCCUCAGCCCUUCCCGAAGCCGCAGUCUGACCCGGAGUGGAAGCCGAAGCCAGAGCCGGAGCAGAAGCCGCAGCCAGAGCCACAGCCAGAGCCAGAGUCACUCGCCAUCGCCCCCAAGGGAGAAGCUGACCAGGCCAGCAGCAUCCCCUGCUGUGGGCGAGAAGCUGAAAAAGACCGAACCUGCCGCUGGUAAAGAGACAGGAGCUGCCAAACCCAAGCUGACCCCACAGGAGAGGCUGAAGCUGCGGAUGCAGAAGGCUCUGAACCGCCAGUUCAAGGCGGAUAAGAAGGCAGCUCAGGAGAAGAUGAUCCAGCAGGAGCACGAGCGGCAGGAACGCGAGGAUGAACUGCGAGCCAUGGCCCGAAAGAUCCGAAUGAAGUUGCCUCCCCUCUCCCCUUGCAGGGAGCGAGAGCGACGAGAGAAGGAGAGAGAAGAAUGGGAGCGCCAGUACAGCCGCCAGAGCCGCUCACCCUCCCCACGCUACAGUCGAGAGUACAGUUCUUCCCGCAGGCGUUCGAGGUCCAGGUCCCGAAGCCCCCAUUACAGACAUUAGGCAGAAGAAGAGUUGGGGGCUGUUAUGCUGCUGGGUUUCUGUAGUGAAAUAAAAGCUAACAUUAUUUAAUGGA